CAUCUCUCCGAGGCAAUUUCUCAAUCGGAGUUUAAUACUGGGAGCUCCCGACUCGAUCCAUUCCCGCCGGCCAGCCGUCAGUCUGGUUCUUCGCGUCGUGGGCGGAAGACACACCGCGAAUGUUUACAAAAUUAUCAAAAAUACAAAUAAAUCAACGUGUAAAACGUAAAAUUCUAUCGACAUCACAAUAUUUCAACGUUUCACUCAAAUGUUUCCGAACGCAAAAAUCAGUGACUAUAUUAAUACAAUGUUUACGUUGAAAUUAAGUUUCCAUAUGAGCGAGAAACAACACCGACGGGAUUUUACUAUGAUGAUAGAUAAUUAAAAAAAAAAACCAUCAGGCGAUGUUGCAAUCCGACCAACCGGAACAACACGACGCCAUAGUCCAAAAAAGUGACGUAUCAGAGGGAAAUAAGGAGCAUAAAAAUGCAUUCGACAGUACUUUUAAGCACGUGUUGGAUUACGCGCCUGCGCCCGGAUGGACUUUACACGUUAACGCAGAUGGGAGGUUGUAUUAUUGCAAUCACGUUACUCGAACUGCGGGAUGGUUACCACCGGCAGAGGCAUGGAAAAGUGGAGAAGACUCGUUACCAUACGGAUGGGAAAGAGCUUUGGACGACUCUGGAAGGACAUAUUACAUAAAUCACGUGAAUAAAACAACCACCUAUGAAUCUCCCGUGGUUAGGAACCAGGAUCCCGCUCCAAUGCCCGAACCACGAGCUGUAACCUUGGAAAGGUCCCCAUCUUUGGGUUUUGGAUUCGUAGCGGGUUCGGAAAAACCUGUAAUCGUGAGAUUCGUUACCGAAGGAGGACCUAGUGUAGAUAAACUUCUUCCCGGCGACCAAAUUCUAUCGGUGAACGGAGAAGACGUCGAAUCAGCUCCAAGGGAACACGUGAUUUCUUUGGUGAGAGCUUGUAGCAAAACGGUAAAUUUGGUGGUUUGUCAACCAGCCGAACAGCAAGGUGCGAGAAAAUCGACUUUACUGUCGGCCAGCAAAAGGGCCAGACUUAAAAAUAAACCUUCGAGAGUGCGGUUCGCGGAAAGCGUAUGCGUCAACGGAGCCCCUCUAUUUCCGCCUUCAGCAUUUUCUUUGGGCGAUAUGUGCGUCCCGCCGAUGGCGAACGUUUUAAAAGUUUUUUUGGAGAACGGCCAGACGAAAUCUUUUAAAUACGACGCCUGGACGACGGUCCAGGACGUCGUAUCGUCCUUGGAAUCGAAAUUGUGUCUCCAAGCAACCGAGCACUUCAGUCUCGUGGUCGAACAUAUCAAAUCGUUAAAAAGGAACAAAUUGACUUUAUUAGAUCCGCAGGAUCUUUUAGCAAGGAUAGCGUCUCGACCGGGCGCUCACAAACUCCGUUGUCUGUUUAGAGUAGCUUUCGUACCGGCAUCGGCGGCAGCUCUAGCUCAAAAAGAUCUCCACGCAUUAGAUUACCUCUACACCCAAUGUUGUAACGACGUCAUACAAGAGAGAUUCGCUCCCGAGCUGCAGUACGACACCGCUCUCAGAUUAGCCGCGUUGCACAUAUAUCAACACGCUCUCGCCCACAACGUACCGGCUUCGAAAUUGACCGUCAAAACGGUGGAGAGGGAAUUCGGUCUGGAACGCUUCAUACCGGCGUCGCUGUUGGAAAACGUGAAAAGAAAAGAAAUCAGAAAACUGAUCGGCCAUUUUUUGAAACUGCAUUCGAGUAUGGCGGGUUUGGGCAAACAACUCACGGCUCUGCAAGCGAAACUUCAUUAUUUAGACAUAGUAAGUCAGUUGCCGAGUUACGGCGCCAAAUGUUUUUCUGCCGGACCUAGAGGAGACGCUUUGGAAAGGGUGAUUUUGGUCAGUCCCAGAUUCGGCAUCAGCCAAAUAACCGGGACGAGAAAAUCGGUGUUCCAGCCGAUUCCGAUAGCCAAUAUAGAAGAUAUGAGGAAAAUCGAGAUAAGGAACGAGGACGAAGUGACGCGGACCGUUCUGAUCCAUCUUCGAAGCGAAAAAAUCGUGCCGAUAUGUUUGGAAGAGCGCGACGCGUGCGAAUUGGCUCUGGUGCUGUGCGGCUACCACAAAUUGACGACUUCGCAAAAUCUUCCCGUCGAUCAAGAGGAUUCGCCGCAAGUCGAGGACCUGGCUCCGCCGUAUUUGUCUCCGCAUAAAGUCGUUCCCGAAAAAUGGAGUUACGUAGAUCAGAGUUGUUUGAAGUUGUGUUGCUUCGCUACUUUACCGUUAUAUAAGAAUGUGAAUAGAAAAACCAACGGUUUGUACAACACCGUCGGUAGACAAUCGAAACAAUCGUUGAUGAUCGGUUACAGUUUGGAUAGCAACAUGAAUCGAUCGAUUAACGAUAGAAAUCGAUUUUAUAGCGUCGACGGCAACGCCGCGCGCGACGCGGAAAACGAUUUGUACGAGAAUGGCUUACUAGAAGCUAGAAACGAAGAGAUUUUACGCAGGGUCGAAGAAAUGCAGCAGCUAGUCGAAUAUUCCCAACAAUAUUUGACCGAACAAGAGAAUUUGGAAAGACUCAACUCGUUGGCCGAAUGGCAGGAGACUAGCGUCGAUAUAGACAGCGAUAACGACGAACCGGGAAAAUUGAAACACAGCGAUUCGCUUUUACUUUUGAAUAAAGGACACGCCGAAGGGGAAAGGAGGCAUUCGUUCACCAGUGCCGCGAUCGAGCUACUCAGACAGGAUACCGCGUGUUCCGAGAGCGAUAACGAUUCCAUUUACACGCCGAGCAAUUCGCCGAAACACAAAUUUUUGCCGAACAAUUUGGAUAAUAAGAUAAAUAGAGUAAGUUUUGGUCUACGUAGUCCUGACGGUCAUACCGAAAAAGAACAAGACCUACAAGCUUAUCUUCAGUAUCUUCGGGACGUUAAAAGAAACGACGAAAACGUUUCUAGCGAAGAUAUGGAAUCGAUUAACGAUAUUUACAUAUUCGAUCCCGAUAUUAUCGAUUUAACUUUAAUCCCUCCUCCAAGUACACCAGACGAACUGGAUUGUGCCUUACCGACACCAAUCAAUCUCCCCCCGCGUUCUUUCGCCGAUUCCAUCGAUAAAUUAAAUAAAUUAGGUAUUUUAGAAGACGAAAAUCAAGACCUCGAAGACUUCUUAGCUAGCGUCACAGUACCGCCGCCCACUCAAAAAGUAACCCCUUCAGUCGAACUCACCCCCGAAGAAAUUAUGUCGUACAUAAUCCCCCCGCCGCCGGUCCAAAACGCCACCGACGAUUCGACGCAAAUUAAAAACGAAUCGAAAGUAAUCGAAUACGCGACUUUCGAUAGAAAGGGGCCUUUUUCGUGCUGCGCGAAACCGAAGACUGAAAAACAUUUGAAAAUUGACGAAAAUAUCCAACCUUUGCCGCGUAGGAGUUCGGACGAAAAACCGCCGGACAGACCGCCGAAACCUAUAACGCCGGAAAGGCAAAGAUCCCAUUCGUUGACGACAAACAUUUCGAGAAAUACCGAGCAUCCACCGCCGAAAUUACCUCCCAGAGGAGACGGUAAUCACCAAGCGCCGGUGCAUUUGUUUCUACCGCCGAAGAAACCGCCCCUGCCGCCGGUACCUUCGUUGGAAGUGCUCAGGCAGAAGAAAAACGCGCAACACGCGAAAAACGGCGCGGAAACGCGAACGGCUAGUAUAGGAUCACCUUUAUUCCAGCGCAGCAGGAACGUUUCCAACGAUUUGGACGUUACUUCGACGGAGAAUACCGGUACUAAACAUACUACCGCUAUCAGUACCCCGACAUCACCUAAUAUGGGACGAGCGGCUCACUUAAAACUAGUACCUAUCCCGUUAGAUUCUCCUGAUAAUUCGAAAUAUAAUUUCGAAGAACACAACGUUUCUGGUUCACUUAACCAUCCUCAAGCUACUACCGACGACCGACUCAAGUGUAGUUUCAAAAGUAACGAACAAAAUAACGGAAGUUGCGGUAAAAUUAACGGAUGUACCUCUAAUAGGGAAAAUCUACUGCAGAAAACUGAUACGGCAAUGGGUAACUUAUUAAUAAGGUUGGAUCAAGUAGCUGCUCAAUGUACCGCUGCGCAAUUACACGGAGGCGGCAAAUUAAUUAGCGAAGAAAAAUUUCAAGUAGCUAAAGAGGAGUUAACGUCCCAAUCGUUGCAAUUGGUCACGUCGAGUAAAAUGUUGGUUAUAGCGAUGUCGGAUCCUAGUCUUCCAGACCUUCCCGAAAAUCUAGCGAUUUGUCUAACGAUAUUACGCAGAUUAACAGAACUGUGUCAAGAUUUAACUAAUCACACAACUGCGCCUUUACAAACUAGAAAUCUGAUAAUGAAAGUCCACGAUGUUACUUCAGCUUUUCGUACACUUCUCAAUUCUGAUAUCGAUAGAAGUUCCCAGAAAACCAUAGAAGACCAUUUAGCCGCGCAAGCUGAAACGCUCGCUAACGUUUUAGCGACCCUGUUGAGGAGUUUGAGGGUGUUUUCGCCUUGAAUCGUAAUAAAUUUUAUAGGUUGUUAGGUAGGUAACGAGUUUACGUAUUUUUUGAGCGUUUUUCUUUUUUGAAUUAAUACGAGAUACUCGUUUUACGAUAUUGAAAUGAUUAUCUCGUACAUAUUAUAGUUACGGUGACGGGAUCAUAUAUAAAGCAAGUUACGAUGUUUUCGUUGUUGAUUAUUACAAAAUGGCGGACGAGACUGAUUUAGUUUUAUUUAAUAUAACGUCCGUUAAAAUUGAUGCAAUUUUUUUCUCUAAUUAAUGUUAUACUAUGAUUCAUAACUCGAAUCAAUGAAAAAUACGAGGUGAGAUCGAAAAUUAAUUGACAUUAAAUCUCCUAAAUGAAUUUUUAUUAUCGUAAAUUUAAUACUGAGUGAAGUUGAUGCAUAUCUUAACGACGUUGCCAGAUUGUGAAAAUAAUAUAUAUAUUGAGGAAAUUGUUUUAUCAGUUCGGAAAAAAAAAUCUAAUCGAUAUUCGUUAAUAAUAAUAAUUUUACCUAAUUAUUACCAUAAAUACGUACAAGAUUACUACAAAAAGAUCAUUUCUCAUGAAGAAAACUAUUUCAAUAAAAUUCAGUUAUUUUCAAGUUCUUUUCCACCAAAAACUGAUAAAAAAGUUGAAAAAAUGCUUUAAAUAAAUAGUAGAAACACUUCUUGUCGUAGAACUAACCUCACUUUCUUUCCCUUGUCCUUCCAAGUCACCGGAUUUAACUCUGGGUGAUUUUUAUAAAACGAAAAUAUAAUUUUCGGUGAAUUUGAAAUGCUGUCGAUCCUACCGACUGCGCCAAUUACAAUAUUCGAGUUUUUUUUCAAAAAUAUUGAAUUGUGACAUGGAAUGUCAAAAUUUCCAUCAGAAAAAAGCAGAAGAAAAAUCACUUUCUUCCCAUGGUCUUGUAGAUCAUCGAUCUAUUUGCGUUUUAGUUACAAUAUACGUCAAAUAUAUCGCACUGUCACUCAAAACUUUGUAUCACUGCUAACUUCACACUACUCCACAUGUAUUUUCGGAUAAAUCGUUUUUUGAAAUUGAUUCUUUUGUAGUAACCCCGUAGUAAUCUAGUCAGAAGAUCAGUGAGUAUAAGAGCAGUACAAUUUUUUUUCGAAGUUACCAAUAUUUUGAUAGAAUAAUACUAAAAGUAUAGGAACUAAAUACAAUAAAUUUCUUCUUCUUUUUUAAUCGUUAAUAAUACCUGGUAAAUAGAUAAACUUUAACAAAUAGUUUUUAUCAUGUAAAUAUUUGUUUCGUUUUAACUGUUAUUAUUGAUAAAUAAUAAAUAUACGGGGUGAUUUAUGAAAGCUAGCUUCGAUUUAGUGUUACAUUAUGUCAAAUGUUUGUUUCGUAAAAUUUCAUGUGUCAUUUUAUAUCCCCCACCAAAAAUUCAAACUUAAAAGUUCACGUCUCAAACGUCAGUUCAAACCACAGAUAUCGAGUUUUACACUUUCUAUAGAUGGCGUUUACCAAUUAAAUUGCGCCUUUGUUCGACUUACAGCGUCGUUGCCGAUUUUAUUUUCUACCAUUAUCAUUUGUAUUUUCUUUUAAAUGAAAUUCACUAUUCGACAUUUUAUUAUUGAUUUUGAAUUAAAAAAAAAAACUCAUUUUGGUAAUAUUAUUUAUUUAAAUUCACAAUAUAAUCGAUAUUAAAACUUGAAAAUGAAUAUUAAUCUAAGAAAAUAACAUGGCAACGUCGCAAUUGUAGUACACAAUAUUGAGAACGAGUUCAGUGCACGGCGCGGUAAUUCAUAGAACACUUGAUUGUUUACAUCACCACUCCAUUCACAACGUUGCCAAGCAUCUAAAAAAUCUAUCAUUAUACUACUCACACAGAUUUUUUUGUUAAAAAUAUGUUUUUCUUACCUUUUAUGAAUCACCUUGUACUUCAAUUGUUAAUUUUAUCGUUCGAAUUUGUUGAUAUUGAGUAACCUCAUCUUUAGAUAGGCAUUUAUGUAGUCAUAGUCAUAGUUUUUAUAUACACCAAAAAAAGUUUUUAAUCUUAUUGAUUGGUUAUUUAUUUUUUAAUUUUGAUUAUAGUUAUAUAUAAUAAUAAUGUUUACACGUUUUUAUAUUUUAAAAUACCCAUUCAUUAAAACCAAAUAUUUUAUAUUAGUUUUAUUAACAUAUAAAUAUAUAUAUACAGGGUGUUUCGUUAACAACUUUUCCAAAACAAUAACCAAAUAUAUAAAUCUUCUAAAUGUUAAUGAAUAUAUGUUAUAGAAAGAGUUGAUGACGUACGUUUUUUAUUAUCAAAAUAAAAACUGUUAAUCAUUGUUACUAAUACUCUGUACACAUUUUCUUUACGUGAAACAGUGAAUUUUUUUCACACAUAUUGUAUAUUAGUUCCAUUUUUUUCUUCUUCUAAAUAUAUAUAUAUAUAUUUAAUUUUUCGAAACACCCUCGUAUAUUCACUGUUUCACGUAAAUCUUAUAAUGUGUCUUAGAAAACUUCGGAAUUGUAUGAUUUGUGACAGUCUAACAUAUCUAAUAAAUGUAAUAAACUCAAUAUUAAACAAUAUUUGUUUUUAUUUCGAUUCCUACCAAUUUUUCAUUACUACUCGCCCCUGUAGACGCCUCACUGACCAAUGUUGCCAAACUGAAUGUUUUUGUUACAUUAAAAAAAUGGUUAAUUUUGGGUCUUUUAUUGCCAAUAUCUAUGACUCAUACUGUAGAACGAUUUUAUAGAACAGUCAAAUUAGACGUACUAAAAUUUUUAAAUAUCUAAGAGAUUCACUAUUAAUUUAUAACAAAAAAUAAAUUCUAACAAAAAUUAUUUAAUCUUUUAUAAAUUCACAAAAAAAUUUUUUUCUUUACUCACUCUAAAAUUUAUUUGUGCAUUAUUUCCUUCUCGAACAUGUUUUUAUAAUUUGACUGGAUUAUUUCUAAAAGGGUUCGAUGCUGAAUGAAACGUUGCCAGCGUUUAUAAAUUACAAUCAACUUUAUACGAUUAAUGUUUACUUUAAAAAAUUAAAAGCGGUGCAAUAUGGAUUGGUUAACUACUAGAUGAAGAAUUUUGAACUAGGACGUUAGUACUUUUAAUUUCCAAUUAAAUUAUUCAUUUAUAAUUUCGAAUAGACAACUAAUUUCACACGGAACAAUCAAAGUGUGUAUUUGGCAACG